AUCUAUGGUUUACCUGAAUGGUCACGUGAUAUCCACCAGGUAAAGGACUGGCAAUAUAUAUUUUAUCUGAGUUUUUAUCAGCAUGAUAUAAAGAUGAUUUUUAAUCAAAAUAUACUUCUGUUACUUGCUUAUCUUAUCGGUUCCGUCCGACUACAAGAACUUCCUAGGAUAACUAAAAAAAUUCUACCUGAGAUAAAACGUCUUGGCGAAACUGGAAUGUUAAAUUGCACAGUCGCAAGACAAGGCAGUAACAUGGUAAGCUGGAUUCGACCUAAGAAAGAUCAAAUUACCGAAAAUGAUAAGAUUUCAAUAGAAGAACACUUGAAUACAAUUGUUGAUGGGUGGCCGAAAUAUAGCGUCUACCUAAAUGUGCGCGGAGACCAAAGAACAUACACACUCGUUGUUAGACGACUUAUAACAAAUGACAAUGGAACAUAUACUUGCAGGGUAGAUGUUAGAAAUGGAGAUCAGUACGUUUCCACAGAAGGUCAUAUGAUUGUACUUCUCGCUCCGGCUAUUGACAUGACGAGAACAUCAGCAACCGUAAUAGUUCAAGAAGGAGAAUCAACAGUGCUAAGUUGUGCUGCAACAGGCUACCCUUACCCAAAUAUAACUUGGAUCAGAACUAAUGGCAGAAACUUACCUAAGCCAUACAAUAAAUAUUCUCAUAAAGGGAAUACUUUGACACUUAGCAACGCACAAAAAGAGGCAAGAGGUGUCUACAGAUGUAUAGCUGAUAAUAAUGUAAUUCCUACCGCUAAGCAAGACAUCACUGUCUAUGUAAAGUUUAGACCUUCGGCCAAAGCCGUACAGACUUCAUAUGGUCAAAUGCAAAAUAUGUUUUUGGAUGUUACUAUUCAGUGUAUAGUAGCUGGAUACCCUCAGCCCGAAUUGAAAUGGUGGAAACGUACCGCUGGUGGAAGAGAAGAGAUAAAAAAUGAUGCCAAGCACGCCAUAGAAGUUAUUCAUUCUCACGGUCAAACAUUGGGCGUUAGUGAAUACUGGCUAAGUUUGUUAAUCAGAAUUGUAACAGCGAAUGAUUAUGGAGAAUAUGAAUGUGAAGGAACGAACGAAUAUGGAAAAGGAUUUGCAGUUGUAGAAGUAUACGAAACUUCUGAAUGUCAAGGAGCUAAUUGUAUUUUAAGUGAUGAUAAAAGUUCCAUGGCAACUAGAACUUAUUUUAGUGCUUUUUUUUUGUUUAUAACCUUGCUUGUUUGUUUAAUAUGA